UGAUCGAGAGCAACCGAAACCCCAUCGAGACCUCAAGCUCACGAAAAUGGCAGUUUCCGCUUCGCAGCAUCACUCCCUCUGCAAGCUCAUCGUCUCUCCAUUCUCUCUCCCCAAUCGGAACCCUCAUCUUAUCAAGAACCCUAACCCUAGUCCCAAUCCGGUUCGUGGCCGAUUCCGGAGGUUCGCCUGCUCCUCCAUCGCCGCCUCCACCCCCGCCGCUCCUUCGGAAGAGAAGAAUUCCCCUUCUCUGGGAGAUUCCACAAGAUCCGAUUUCCCUAUUCUCAAUCAGGUUAUUAAUGGCAAAAGGCUGGUUUACUUGGAUAAUGCUGCAACUUCUCAGAAGCCAACGGCUGUUAUUAAGGUUUUGAAGGAGUACUAUGAAUCAUAUAAUUCGAAUGUACACCGUGGCAUCCACUUCUUGAGUGCAAAGGCUACAGAUGAAUAUGAACAAGCAAGAAGAAAGGUUGCAGCUUUUGUUAAUGCUUUGGAACCAAGAGAAAUUGUAUUCACUCGGAAUGCUACUGAAGCCAUCAAUCUGGUAGCAUAUUCAUGGGGCCUUUCAAAUUUGAAAUCUGGAGAUGAGGUUCUCCUUACAAUUGCUGAACACCAUAGUGCAAUUGUUCCGUGGCAACUGGUUGCCCAACAGACAGGUGCCUCUCUUAAAUAUAUUGGUUUAACAAAAGAACAAGUUCCAGAUGUUGAUCAGUUGAAGAAGCUUCUCUCAAAAAAGACAAAGCUUGUGGUUACUCAUCAUGUCUCUAAUACACUUGCUUCUGUUUUGCCUAUUGAUCAGAUUGUCCACUGGUCCCAUGAUGUUGGUGCCAAAGUCCUUGUGGAUGCAUGCCAAAGCGUGCCUCACAUGUCAGUUGAUGUGCAAAAACUUAAUGCUGAUUUUCUGGUUGCAUCAUCACACAAGAUGUGUGGGCCUACAGGCGUUGGUUUCUUAUAUGGAAAAAGUGAGCUUCUAUCUGCAAUGCCUCCAUUUUUGGGUGGUGGGGAAAUGAUAGCUGAUGUAUUUGAAGAUUAUUCUACAUAUGCUGAACCUCCUUCCAGAUUUGAAGCUGGAACACCUGCAAUUGGUGAAGUCAUUGGUUUGGGAGCAGCAAUUGAUUAUUUAUCCAACAUUGGCAUGCAAAGGAUUCAUCAAUAUGAAUUGGAACUGGCAAAUUACCUAUAUGAUAGUCUCCUGACAAUUCCCAACAUCCAUGUCUAUGGUCCCGCUCCUUCAGAAACAACCCACCGUGCGGCUCUUUGUUCAUUCAAUGUUGAAAAGCUUCAUGCAACUGAUAUCGCAACUAUUUUGGAUGAAAUGCAUGGAGUGGCUAUUCGAUCUGGGCACCAUUGUGCACAACCACUCCAUCGGUUCUUGGGUGUGAACUCUAGCGCACGUGCAAGCCUUCACUUCUAUAACUCUAAAAAAGAUGUGGAAUUUUUUAUAGAAGCACUCAGAGACACCAUUGACUUCCUCACCAAAUUCCAGAAUUUUGUAGCAGAAAAGUGGGACUUGAUCUCCUCUCCGGCACACGGAAGAACUUUCGCCCUUUUUUUUUUUUUUGUACAAUUAAAUUCCUGGUUUUCCACUUUGUUUACUUUUCUUGAGUUUGCUAGUAUUAUAGAGUUUGUGAAAAGGGACCCCUCCACAUGAGCACUGCUUCUGCUAAGGAUGGUCCUGUGUGAUGCUCAUUGCCGACCUACAUCGUCUAAUCAAAAUGGCCCCUUGUUGAAUGGGUCCUCAUCUUAGUUGGACUUCCAGGGGUUAUGUUACUAACUUUUUCCCCAUUG